GGCUUGCAGGCGGCGGUCCGACAGCAGGCGCGUGGAGCGCGCAGACGAACCCGCGAAUGGGCUGCGCGUCAACGCGGGGCACGAGCGACAUGGCGUCUCCUUUUUAAAGCGCAGGAGCAGUGUGGUCCCGGAGCUCUCGACUCGAGCGUCUCAUAUUUUUGAACUUAGUUUCUCACGCUUUCCUGCUUGUUUUGGACCCGCUGGCCACUUUUGCAGAACAAGACACAGAGUAGGUAUCACCAUCAGGUUACGCGCUUUGAUCGCCGCCGCGCGCAGCCUUUGAUCCGCGGUGCGGUGGAGUCGGACUCGGCGGCGGGAUGAGGGGUGCGAGUCGCGCGGAGGAGCGGCGGCUGCUCGGGGGGCACUGACUGAGGACUCGGAGGAGCCGGGAGUCGAAGCGAAGCGCAUAGGAAGCAGUUUAAAUGCCAAAAUGGACGGGGAACAUCGGUGGAGAAGAUCACCUCUACUCAAGUUGCUGAUAGCAGGCUCUCUCCUGGUUCUCGUAACAGCCGAGGAGCUGAGAGAGUGCAGAGAGCAGGAGUACAAGGACCGGUUCGGGAUGUGUGCGACCUGCAAGCAGUGCGACGCCGGACAGGAGCUGUCAAAGGAAUGCGGCUUCGGCUACGGGGAGGAUGCCCAGUGCGUGGCCUGCAGGCCCGGCCGCUUCAAGGAGGGCCCCGGGCCGCACAAGUGCAAACCCUGCCUGGAUUGCGCCCUGGUUAACCGUUUCCAGAAGGGCAACUGCUCGAGCACCGCUAAUGCUGUGUGCGGAGACUGCAUGCCAGGGUUUUACAGAAAGACGAAGUUAAGUGGAUUUCAGGAUAUGGAGUGCAUACCAUGUGGUGACCCACCGCCGCCCUACGAACCACACUGCAGCAGCCGUGUGAAUCUUGUUCCCAUCACAUCCACGGUGACCAGCCCCCGAGAUGUGGCCUUAGCUGCGGUCAUCUGCAGCGCCCUGGCUGCCGUACUGCUCGCCCUGCUCAUCCUAUGCGUCAUCUACUGCAAAAGGCAACUGCUAGAAAAGAAACCCAAUGUGUCGUCGUCAUCCCAGGUCAGUCCCUACAAUGAAGCAGAACUGUUGUGUUUUGACCGUCGACAGGGACAUGACGCAACUUAUCGGACCUGCUGCCAGUGCCACCACAGCCCGAGCCAUACCUGUGGCCCGGUGCUGAUCCCCUCUCUGUGUUGUGAUGAGGCUUGCAGCCUGGACCAUAGCAGGGAGACAAGUCCCUUCCAUUCCCUGGUCAACUUGAGUGAAGGACAUCUGAACCAUGUUGAGGAGAAUAUGCCACUCUACCUUGGGGGGCUCUCCAACACCAUGGCUUGGGGGUCUGCAGAUUCAUGGCCACUCAUGCACAGUCACAGCUGCACAGAGAGCCUUGACCUCUCCCAGUGUGCCCUGGAGCCAAAGGAGAGGAAUUCAGGUCCUCUGGAUGAGGAGGAGAAGGGGGAUGAGGCGGUCUCCACAGCAGAGACCACAGAAUUAAGACCUGACCACAAUACAGAGGACCAGGGCUGCAUGGACAGUGGAAGCUCCACAGAGAACAUAUCUCAACCAAAGCUGCCACAGUCCUCAUCCUUAGAAGGAUGACAUAGAUUUAUUUUGCCCGUGUUGCACUCUUGAACCACCCUGGACAUGAAAGCAGCACCAGAGAUCCAGUUCCAGAUAACAACGGCCCACACACAAAUUCCAAAAAAGUACAGCGACAUGCCACCCCUUUCAAGUGGCACCUGACCUCCGGCCUUCCGGCUCGCAUCUGAAGGGACUAUGUAAAUACAUGCAAACAAAAGCACUUCAAGGCAAAAACACGCAAUGGCAAAGACAGAAAUUUAUAACCGUAUCGCUGAAUGGUGGGUCAAGGAGAUCUGCUCUCCACACACGGUGAAGUUAAAAAUGUCCACCAGGAACUGUUUAUUUUAUCGGGAGGACAAACCUUAAGUCAACAGCAAAAAGCAGAAGCUUUAUAUUGUUGCGUGAGAGAGGUGUUGCUGCAUGAAAAUGCUCCACCCCUAAAUGGAUGGCUUGCCAAACAGACAGACAGGUGGAACUGAGCGAAAAAACAAGUCGACAACCAAGAACUCUCAAUACCUAAAUAUUUUAGUUAGGCUUAUCUUUCCAUGGACAUAGCUGAAUGCGCCUUUUACAUGGUCGCUUGUUUUUAUUGAAAGUGAAUAAUUAUUCAAUAGCUCUUGGAGACUGAGAAGAAAAGCUUGACGACUCAUUCAAGUUCAUUCACAUUGAAGAGAACACCGUAGAAAAUACCGAACAAGGAAAGACAAUGAGGAAUGUCUGGAAGUGACAGUGAUAUCUAGUUUGUUGUAGAUAUUGUAAAAUAACUAAAUAGUUAUUUUUGUAAUGUAGAAACGACUACCCAGCAACAUCAAUAAUACUGCCUGUAUUUGAACGUUCUAUUUGUGUAGUAGUGAUUGGUAUACACAAAAUGACUUGUCUUUUGUUACAUCAUGUAUCAUUUUCUAUAUUUUGUAAAUAAAUCUUGCAA